CUGCGCUCCCCAGCGAAUUUCCAUUAUUUGCCAUCUCGGCGCGACUCUCGUCCUAUGUUCUUUCAUCCAACUUCCUUCAUCGUCAUCAUUCAUGUUUGUUCGGACUAGACGGUGCCUGGUGUUACAUCUCCUUAUUUGACCUUUACUUCUCAGACGCCCAAUUCCCUAAACACACUAUCCGCACAUAGCUCACUAUUGCAAUAGCGAACUACAUAGUUCGAUUUCAGCUGCGAUUGGAGGAUUCGUGCGAUAUCCCGGCCUUGACUUUGAAGCAUAAGCCUGAUACUGGCGCAUAUUGCGCAGUCGACUGUUAUGGCGCCUGCAGCUGUCCCAAAUUCAGACCCACCGUCUCAGGCAGAUACUCCCAUGACUGAUGCACACGAAGAGCUAUUACCCGUGGAUCCUAUCGACGCGAAAAUGACCGACACUCCGGAUUACACGGACUCGGAUACAAAUCCCAAUACCACUGCGAGCAGUAUUGCAGGCGAUGCAAUCCCAAUGGAUGGGCGGAGACGGAAGUCCGAAGCAAAUAACAUGAGAAAGAAUGUGCUAGGCAAGAAGCACGGCUCUUUGAAUGAGAACAAGGAAGAUGACUCUAUUCGAAGAUUCCGCUACCUACUCGGCCUCACCGAUCUUUUUCGUCAUUUCAUCCAAACAAACCCCGACCCCCGCAUCCAGGAGAUCAUGGCUGAAAUAGACCGGCAAAAUGGCGAGGGAGACUCGAAGCCUAAGCGCAAAGGUUCAUCGCGAACAGGGGGCGCCAGCGGUGAUCGGCGGCGACGAACAGAACAGGAGGAGGACGCUGAAUUAUUGAACGAUGAGAGGAGAGGCAGCCAUACUGGCACAAUUUUCCGUGAAUCGCCGCCGUUCAUUCAGGGCGAAAUGCGCGACUACCAAGUUGCUGGUUUAAACUGGCUGGUUUCCUUGCAUGAGAAUGGAAUUUCGGGAAUCUUGGCGGAUGAGAUGGGUCUCGGCAAAACCCUACAGACGAUCUCCUUCUUAGGAUACCUCCGACACGUCUGCAAUAUCACUGGUCCUCACCUUGUCGCUGUACCAAAAUCCACGUUGGACAACUGGAAACGCGAGUUCCACAAAUGGACGCCCGAGGUCAAUGUACUUGUCCUACAGGGUGACAAGGAGGAGCGGCACAGGUUGAUCAAUGAGAGACUUCUUGACGAAAAGUUCGACGUCUGCAUCACCAGCUAUGAGAUGGUUCUCCGAGAGAAGUCGCAUUUGAAGAAGUUCGCAUGGGAGUACAUUAUUAUUGACGAAGCUCAUCGAAUCAAGAACGAGGAGUCUUCUCUUGCCCAGAUCAUCCGAGUCUUCAAAUCUCGGAACCGGCUUUUGAUUACCGGCACCCCGCUUCAAAACAACCUGCACGAACUUUGGGCCUUGCUCAAUUUUUUACUGCCGGACGUCUUUGGUGACUCCGAGGCCUUUGACCAGUGGUUUAAUAACCAGGAUGCCGACCAGGACACCGUUGUGCAACAGUUGCAUCGUGUCCUACGGCCCUUCCUGCUUCGUCGUGUGAAGAGCGAUGUGGAAAAGAGUUUAUUGCCCAAAAAGGAAGUCAACCUAUAUGUUCCCAUGUCACAGAUGCAGGUGAAAUGGUACCAAAAAAUUCUGGAAAAGGAUAUCGAUGCUGUCAAUGGAGCCGCUGGGAAGCGCGAAUCCAAAACCCGCCUGCUGAAUAUUGUUAUGCAGCUGCGCAAGUGCUGCAACCAUCCCUACCUUUUUGAGGGAGCGGAACCUGGACCUCCAUACACAACCGACGAACACCUUGUAGACAACGCUGGCAAGAUGGUUAUUCUGGACAGACUGCUCAAUCGCAUGCAGCAACAAGGGAGUAGAGUAUUGAUCUUCUCUCAAAUGAGCCGUGUACUUGACAUUCUGGAGGACUACUGCGUGUUCAGAGAAUACAAGUAUUGCCGUAUCGACGGAACGACAGCUCACGAGGACCGAAUUGCCGCCAUCGAUGAUUACAACAAACCUGGAUCGGAUAAGUUCAUCUUCCUUCUGACCACAAGAGCGGGAGGUCUCGGUAUCAACUUGACGACUGCAGACAUCGUCGUUCUCUAUGACAGUGACUGGAACCCUCAGGCUGAUCUGCAAGCUAUGGACCGUGCCCACCGUAUCGGCCAAACCAAGCAGGUAGUUGUUUACAGGUUUAUCACCGAGUCGGCUAUUGAAGAAAGAGUGUUGGAGCGUGCCGCCCAAAAGUUACGGUUGGAUCAGCUCGUUAUUCAACAGGGCCGCGCUCAGCAGCAAAGCAAGAAUGCCGCGUCCAAGGACGAGCUGCUUGGUAUGAUUCAGCACGGUGCCAAUGAAAUCUUCCAGAACAAGGGUGCCACCGGUACACUUGCUGAAGGCAAAGCAAUUACGGAUACCGACUUCGAGGCGAUCCUGGCCAAGGGUGAGGAGAGGACGGCAGAGUUGAACAAGAAAUACGAGAAACUGGGUAUCGACGAUCUGCAGAAAUUCAAUUCCGAAAGCGCCUAUGAGUGGAACGGCAAGGACUUUGCGGACAAGAAGAAAGACAUCGGAAUCAACUGGAUCAAUCCCGCAAAGCGUGAGAGAAAGGAACAGUUCUAUUCAAUUGACAAGUACUACCGUCAAGCUCUCGCAACUGGUGGACGAACCGCCGACCCCAAACCCAAGGUGCCCCGAGCACCAAAGCAGAUUGUCAUCCAUGACUGGCAGUUCUUCCCUCCCGGUCUUCAGGAACUGCAGGAGAAGGAGACAGCUUAUUUCCACAAGGAAAUUGGCUACAAGGUUCCCCUUCAGGAAGGACCCGAUGAAGAACUCAGCGAGCGUGAAGCCGAGCGUGACCUAGAGCAGCAGGAAAUUGACAACGCCGUGCCAUUGACGGAGCAGGAGGUGAUCGAAAAGACAAGAAUGUCCGAGGAGGGCUUCUCACACUGGAACCGUCGCGAUUUCCAACAAUUCAUCAACGGAUCCGCCAAAUUUGGCCGCACAGAUUACGAGGGCAUCGCAACUGAGGUCGAUAGCAAACAGCCUGAAGAGAUCGAAGAGUACGCAGAGGUCUUCUGGAAGCGAUACACUGAAAUCCAGGAUUACCCUAAGUACCUCAAGGUUAUCGACCUGGGCGAGGAGAAGCUCCGCAAGAUGGGUCACCAACGCAAGAUGCUCCGGAAGAAGAUGGAGAUGUACCGGGUGCCUCUGCAGCAACUUAAGAUAAAUUACACCGUGUCCACCACGAACAAGAAAGUCUACACCGAGGAGGAGGACCGCUUCCUGCUCGUCAUGCUCGACCGAUACGGCGUCGACGGUGAAGGUCUCUAUGAGAAGAUCCGUGAUGAAAUUCGCGAAUCUCCACUCUUCAGAUUCGACUGGUUCUUCCUUAGCCGUACGCCUGUAGAGAUCGGUCGCCGCUGCACGACACUGCUUAAUACCGUUGCGAAGGAGUUCGAGCCGGAGGGCAAGGCUAACGGAGAGAGCGGCAAGGGCCGUGGCCGGGACCGGGAUGAUGACGAACUCGAUAAUGAAGACGAAGCCCCGGCGAAGAAGAGAGCCAAGGGUGGUGCAGUGAACAAACAAGUCAAAGCCGUCAAGGGCAGCAAAGCAAACUCCGCGUCCACCUCCCGAGCCUCAUCCACCAACCCUCCCAAGUCGAGAUCCCGCAAGAAGUGAUUCUGAAUUACAUGGAAAUACCUAAUUACUUACCUCGCCUAACCUAACCGAACUACACCACCAUAUGUUGUACCAUUGUAUGUGAUUUUGGCAAAGAUUAUCGUCUCGGAUUUGUAGAAAGAGCGCGCUGGACGGUGGUUGUCUCUGUUUGCUUGCUUGGUCAGGGGAAUCUAUCUAGUUACUUUUAUAUUUUCUUUUUCUCUUUUCACUUUUUCUAUCUUUUCCCCCUGUUGUCUACGUUUACUCUUUUUUCGCACUUUAGGACUAGGUAUUCUGUAUCGGGUUCGGCGUUGGCAUAGAUGCCGCUGGUUAGUUCUAUUGAUUAGGUAUCGUUUUUUUGAGAUUCACCUGCACUUGUACGGUUACCUCGAUUUGUCGUAGGUGAGGGUUGAUGGACCGUGGCAAUGGUCUGUCGGUAUAAUGAAAAGCAAUAGAUAUGGUUUUUCCAGAUCUAGUGAUCUACUUGAGGACGAAGCUUAAUAAUAUGGGUUGAACCGUGUACAAGUUGUGGUAAGGUAUAGAUGUUCUCAGAGAAAAUAGCGACAUAGUAAUAAAUAUUUCACCAAAAAAAUCCAACGGAGGUGAGAUGGAAAUUAAGUAGAAGUUACAGCGAAGAUUAUUCAUCCAAAUUCAUAUCCUAAAGCUUCGAGCUUCGUCGUUCGAGGAUCUUCAUGAUGAGAUAUGCGACUGAAAAUGAGAGACAGGUGAGUAAGUUAUUCAUGAAUUGAUGGAAGAAAAAAGCGUGUAUUAGAGAAAGUAAAAAGAAAAAAGAGAAACAAGAAUAGGAAUUAGGUAUCAAAAGUAUUCUCAACAAUGAAUCAAGGGGUAUUUGGGUAUAGGUGUGGUAGAUAUUACAAUCAUAUAUAACCUAAUAAAGGGGAAAGAUCGAAGAGGAGAAGAAGAAGCUGGAGGAAAGGUACAGAAAGUCCGUUUACUCACCAGCAGCGAUAACAGUAGCGCGGGCAGCACCAGCCUUAGCCGAUCCUCCGCCCAGCGUGAGAACAAAGCGUAUCCAGCCGAGACGAACCUUCUGGCCGGAGCGGUCGAAGUCCGGGACGAGCGUGCUAGCCGACUUGAACUUGGCCAGCUUUCCGGCAUAAGGCGGGUAUCGAAUAGCCAGGAGAGAUUCGAGCCAGCCUGGGCUAGAUGUGAUCGGACGACGGUGCACGAACACGUCGAAGCUGGAGCGUCCACGGUAGGCACCGUAGCCACUUUCGCCGACGCCGCCGAAGGGGAGUGUGGGGAUGUGAAGCGCGGCGUCGUUGACGGAGACUCCGCCGGAGCGGGUCAUGGAGAGAACUACGUUGGUUAGCCCUGGGCGGUUAUGAGCAUGGAGAGGGGCGCGCUUACUUUUGUCAGUGUCGGCUUUUGAGCCGAACGGGUAGAUACCCAGGGGUGUGCUCUGGAUGCCGUUGGCAAUGCUAACAGCCUCGUCGAGGUUGUCAACGGGGAGGAUGGGGAUGAGAGGACCGAAGCUUUCUUGCACAAGCAAGGAGUCGUCGGGAGAAUCAACCUGAAUGAGAGUGGGCUCGAUGAAGAGAUCCUUCUCGUCCAUGGUACCACCCAUAAGGAUCUUGCCCUUGGAGUUAUCAAUCAUGCCCUUGAGACGACGGAAAGCACCCUCGUUGACAAGGCGAGAGUAAUCCGGCGAGGCCUUGGCUCCACGGGGAUAGAACUCCUUGUAUGCCUUCUUGAACUCCUCAACAACAGCGGGCACGAGGGUCCUGUCGACCAAGAGGUAGUUCUGAGAAGUGCAGACCUGACCUGCGUUCAUAAGCUUUCCCCAGAGCAGUCUUCGGGCGACAAGCCUGGGGUUUGCAGACUUGGUGAUGAUGGCCGGGUUGAUACCGCCCAGCUCGAGUACAACAGGAGUCAAAUGGGGAGCAGCUGCCUUUGCAAUGAUGCGACCUACGGUAGCACCACCCGUGAAGAAGAUUUUAUCCCAUCGCUCCGCAAGCAGGGCCUGAGUCUCAGGGACGCCUCCUUGAAUGACCUUGUAACAUGAGGGGUCAAGCGCAGCCUCAAUGAUUCGCUGCAUGACGACAGCACUCUUGGGGGCAUUUUCGCUGGGCUUAAUAACCACGGUGUUUCCUGCAGCGAUGGCGCCGAGCACAGGACCGAGGGUCAACUGGAAGGGGAAAUUGAAG